GGAGAAGACAGAAGCAGAUCUGAGGAGAGAUCGGCGGUGGUCUUUGAGGCAUCUGUAGCAACAGUCACCCUCAGUUGAAAUGAACGCCAGCCCCCCUGCAGGAAGCGCCCUGGCCCCUGGCGGAGCCACUGGCCCCACCACACCCAAGAAGGGACCACCCAAGUUCAAGCAGAGGCAGACCCGCACAUUCAAGAGCAAGGCCCCCAAGCCAGGCCAGAAGGGCUUUGGCGACGAUAUCCCCGGCAUGGAGGGUCUUGGCACAGACAUCACAGUGGUGUGCCCAUGGGAAGCCUUUGGCGACAUGGAGCUCAGCGACUUGGCCAAAUACGGCAUCAUUUAAACCUGCUGCCUCCUGCCUUCCUUGCCUGCCUGUACCUCUCCUAAAUCUAAUCCUCUCCGCCCUGCCUUCUCUCCACCUCGGCUUGGCACGCCAUGAUAAGGCUGCCGGCAAACCCCCUAAUGCCCUCUCGUCUAUCUACCUCAUGCUCCACUCCACUCAGCGGAUGGGAAGCAUAAGAAUGUUCUUAUUUUUAUAUUAUUAUUAUUAUAUGAUACUGUGUAUACACUAUAUAUAUUUGAAAUGAGAAGACGAGAAAAAGACCUCCACAUACCUUACUCCCUUUCCCUUCAUCCAUCUACAGUAGUCUUCUCCUGACUUCUCCUCCCUCCUCAUUUGGACUUCCCUCUCUCUCCCCCCUGCCACUCCUAACCCCCGGCAAUGGACGCAAGCAAAACACUAGUUAACACUAGCUUGUAUUUGCUUCUAGCUGUCUAUAAAAAUGUAAAUAUUUUGUUCUCAGAGUUGAACCUUUUUACCUUGUCUUCCAUCCUACCUUUUGUACUCCCCCCCUCUUUUAUUUUGCAUUGUAUUUUCUAUUCCUUGUGCACAUGGUUACUGUAAACACCAAGGGAUGCAAGGAGAGCGUGUAAUAUGCUGUGGCGGUGACAACGACAAUGCACUUUCACACGAUCAUGGAGGAUGAACUCCCUUUUAUCCCAUCUCUCUCUCUCCUUGCUGCUGUCUGAACCCACGCCCCUCCUUAGAGAAAACAAUGGCGUAUAUGUUUUGCGUUGCGAGCACAAUACCACAGAAAAUGUACUGUGAUCUGGUAUGUCCUGAUAGCCGCAGUAAAAUGUGUUUAUUUUGAGUA